GCUAUCGCCGCCGUGCCGAUAGCGACACGCCAUUUUGAACGAGUCGUCAGUUGCCGCUGGCUGCCGGUAUCCUGCGGCUACACGGCGGCGGAGAGCUACUGAGGAGUCUGCGGACUGCGGAGGGCGACUGAGGAGUCGGCGGAGGGCGACUGAGGACCAGCGUGGUGUCAGGGACUGGCCGACUGCAGGACGGACGGUGACCGCGCGGGACGUCAGCCAUGCUGCUGCGGUGGCGAGGAGCGGCGGCAGUGCUUCUGCUGGCUGGUGUGGUUUCGGCACUCAUCCCAGACAACAUCUACCAGUGCUACAAGGAUGAAAACUACGAGCUGUUCAACAGGGCCAACAGACAGGGUAUGUCGAUUGACCAGCUGAUCGGCCUUAUCGAGAAGUUGGAGCACAGUUCACAGGCACAGAACAUGUCGCCACAGCGGAUCACCGCCAGCCUGAUGCGCCGCUUCCGAUACGACGGCAUUAUCGACCAGAACGUCAACUCUGAGAUGUCCUCCUACCUGGAGCCGUACACGGUCAUCCAGCCGGAGAACUCCAAGUACCAGAUGAUGACACGGCUCGUCCAGCUGGCCAAUGCCAACUUCCCCGACGAAGCCUUCACGCUGGAGGAAAGGUGCACCAUGCACUGGAUGCUGUCCCACUCUGUGAACGAGACGGAGCGCGAGGAUGAGAACGACUACUGCGCCAGGUCGUUCCGGCGCCGACGCCGACGCCGGCGCGCCGCCCGUCGCUACAACUCGCGCAGCUCCUCCAGCGGCUCCUCGGCCAAAACCGCAGGAGGAUUUGUCGGUAACGUGGUGGAAGAGGAUGCCAGCAGCUGCCCGCUGGAGCUGGGCGUCAUCUACUCGCCGUACGGCACAGUGGCGGCCGGCUCACUCAUAGCAGGUCUGGCGGCCGGUCUCUCCGAGCAGGACGUCAGCGUGGAGGAUACCGUGGGUGCAGACACGCUCACCAUGCAGUCGCUCAGCGACCAACAGCGCCGGCUGCAAAUCAACAACAUCUGGGCGACCACGAUAGCCGGCGACAUUGCUCAGACGGCGCUGCAUUACGAGGGCGGCGGUCAGAACAACAACGCGCCGCAGGUGAUCGGUCCGACCGGCUACUGGAACUGCACCUACUGCCCCCACGAGUACAACAUGCCCGACAGCGACGCCAUCUCGGCGCUGACCAACGCAGAGAUCUACGGAGGCAUCGACGGGUACCUGCUCGGCUCGCAGAUCUACCGCUGGUCCAAGCAGACCGGAUUCCGACUGUCGUCACUGCUGCGUAUGUACUACUCUCCCGAUGGGGUGAGCUACGACCGCCAGUUCCGCGCCUGCGACCGGCUCACCAACUUCCUCAACGAUGACCUGGUCAACCAGGACACGCUCAAGACCCAGGCGGUCAACUUUGGCUUUGCCUACUACUCGGCCGACCUGGGCCGGAUGCCGAUGCUGAACCAGGAGAGCCUGGACGAGGCCAUGGACACCCUGAUGACCAAUGUCAUCGAGCAGCUGAACGACUUCGCGGGUAAGUCGAUGACUGAUGACGGCCCCGGCUGCAAGAACGUGCCGGCGCAGGGCGCCACCCCCGACGAGCCGACGUGCUCCACCAAGGCGGACGUGGUUGCCGUGUUCGACCCGAGCGUCAGCGGCAUCGGAGCGCAGGCGCAGAAAAUCUUCCUCUCGGAGCUGGCUCUGGCGCUGGACGUGGGCUGGAACAAGUCGUACAUGCACCUGGUCAGCGGUGAGGACGGCGCCGUGCUGCUGGACAAGUGGAACUACACCAACAAGGCGCGCCUGGCCUGCGACAUCCAGCGUGUGGACGUUCCGGACGGGCAGUACGACCUGGUGGCUACUCUGUACCGUCUGAUGACCUACUACGCCGAUAUGCUGGACCAGGAGGCCAACGAUGGCGCCUCUCGGUCCAACACCCAGGUGCUGCUGCUGAUGAGGUUCGGCAGCGGCUUCAGCAACAGCGACGAGGACAUCACCACCAUGCUCAACAACCUCUGCGAAGUGUUCCCCGACAUCAACAUCAUGACGGUGUCGGACAGCCAGGGGUCGUUCAGUAACAUCCAGCAGGCGAUGGACCGGCGCCAGUUCCUGGCCGACAACAUGUUCGCGUCCGAGUCCUCUCAGCGCGCCACCCGCGAAACCCUGGUGCCGGAGGUCAUCACCAACAUGUGCCACGCGCCGUCACGGUUCGUGUACCCCGCCUGCCACACGGACGACCCAAUGUUCACCAACGUCAACGAGGGUAACCACGAGUACACCUACUACGUCGAACCCAACAAGGUGACCUACCUGCGGGUCGGGCCGCAGCAGUUCUUCUCCAGCAACGACCUCAAGAUCCAGUUCGAGUCGGUGUACGGCCCCCUGCAGGUCUGCCUCAGCCGCACCGAUCCGCAGGCCCCUGUCGACGCCGAUGACGCCCAGUGCGUCUCCACCGAGUCCUCCCAGUCGAGUCAGGUGGAGUUCGAGCUCGGCACGCCCUGCUCCGAGGACCAGAUGAACGACGACUGCCCGCCGCUCUACUUCUCCAUCCAGCAGAACCCCGAGAAGACGUCCGCCAUCUCCGUGUGCACAGACGACGAGUGCCCGUUCCCGGACAGCAUCCAGUUCACUAUCACACACGAGAACAUGCGCUGCAACUCGGCCAGCGGUGCGACGCUGUCUCUGCUGCUGCUGGGGGCCGCCGCUGGCCUGCGCCGCCUGCUCGGCUAGGCGGCGGUAGGCGGGUGACAGGCGGCGGUAGGCGGGCGCCGCCUGUUCGGCUAGGCAGUGGUAGGCGGGCGUCGACCGGUGCUGUGCAGUGACUCGUGACCGGUGAGCGGUCGCUGGGCUGGGGAAGUCAGUGGCCGAGUGGUAGGGUAACUGAGCUUAGACGGGGACCGAGCUUAUUGUGCCGAGGGGCGCCGAACGAGCGGAGCUCUGUGUUAGAUCGGCAGUAGCGACUGCUAUGUUAUACUCGCUGACCCCCGGCGGUAUCGCUGAGACCCAUCAUUGAUUAUAGAGCUGGGUGACCCCGUCUGGAUACUGCGUAAACCUGCGUAUAUGCUGGCAAAGACACGUGUAGAUUCUCUUCGAUUUUGUUUAAAUCCCUCCCGCGAUUCACGAUCAAUAAAUAAAGCGGGUUGCAUGUGAGCGGGUCCCAGUUUCCCUGCAGGUGUUUUUUGAGAGCGGGUUAUAUGUGAACUGUAUGACGGGUCCCAGCUGGGGGCCAUUGUUCCCAGUGUAUGUGCUUUGCUGUUACUAGUGAGUGCCCCUUCCUGAAACGAAAUCCAAUCAACAGCUUCUAAGAAUAGUGUUGAUGGCACAUUAAUCAAGCCUUACUAUCCUUCCUUUCUGUUUCUGGUAUCGUUUUUGUGUGCAAUCAGUCGUGAUGGGGCGGAUUUUCACACCAAAUAAAUGAUUUAAUUGGUGAAA